AUGGGACGCUUUAGUUGGUGUACGGAAGGUUCUAGUAGCUCUGUUAGACUAUGGAGUGAUGAUGCAGCGGAAGUGAGCUCUCAUACAACUCGACCUAUAAGCUUUGGAAUUCCUAGCAGAUGCUACUGCGGUUUGUUGACUCUGCUCAAAAUGAUGGACCGUGCGGAUGAAUACCCUGGUCGAAUGUUCUUCGGGUGCAAGGAUUACAAGCUCGGUCCCCCUCAUCUGGUGAAGUGGUGGGAUGAGGCUAUGAUGGAGGAGUUCGAAGAAGUAAGACUGACCAGAGAGAACCCUCAAGCACGUAUCAUUGAAGCUCAAAAUGCAGAUCGUGAAGACCUUACGCGGAAUGAGGCAGAAAUAGUUCAACUAAAGGCCCAACUUCUGGGGACUAGACGCAGGAGAAGAGUCGAGGUUACGACGUUGGGUAUGGUGGUUGUUGUACUCGUCUGUCUGAUAAGUUAUUCGCUAUUGUGA